GAAAAAGAGCACGCUGGUUCGGUGUGCGAAAGUCUGCUAGCUUUGUUAUUUAGAAUUUCUAGAGGAAAAAACGAUUUUGCCGUUUUUUAAACAUGCCUCAAGACUACAGAAGGAUUCAGGGUCCAGAGGUCAGCGAGGACUACCGAAAAUUGGGCCCGACUGAGCAACCUUUGAUCAAGAAUAAAGGCGACAGGACUAGAGGCGACGGCCGAAAGUGCAAAGACCUGAGAAAAAUUUUUUUGAAGACGGGUGUAGUCACGCAAGCCAAGGGGUCGGCGUACAUUGAAUUGGACCACACAAAAGUGAUCUGCUCCGUUUUUGAUCCGAGAGAGAAACCACGCAGCUCAGAACACAACCUGAGGGGUGAGAUUUUCUGCGAGUUCAAGUUCGCCUCGUUCAGUGGUCUGCAGAGGCGAAGCCAUCAGCAAGAAGCCGACGACAAAGAGUAUUCUUUGCUUUUGAAAAACGCCCUUGAACCUGCAGUCUGUCUCCACGAGUUUCCCAACUUCCAAGUUGAGGUGCAUGUGUUGGUUCUGCAGGACGAUGGAUCUAGUUUAGCUGCAGCCAUCACCUGUGCUGGUCUUGCACUAGGAGAUGCAGCGGUGCCUAUGUACGAUCUCCCUGUGGGGCUUUCGAAGGCUUUCCUGGGAGACACAGAGUUGACAGACCCCACAGGAGUGGAGGAGAGGGUAUGUCUGCAAGGAGUGGACGGUGAGGACGAGCAUGGCAUGUUCACCGUCAGUCUGCUGCCAACCUUCAAUCAGGUCAGCCAACUCUACCACACUGGCCACAUAACGCCUUCGAGAUUCCAGCAGUUGAUCACUGAAACUGUCGAACUAGGUGCUGAAGUGCACAAGGCUGUGCAAGCAACUCUUCUCAGUGCUGUCAAAGGUUAUUUCUUUCAAAACGAUCUAAUGUGACGGUGACUGGAAUUGCAGCAGAAUCACCAGAUAUGUCGUGGCUGUUCCUGCAAUCUGAAAAAUUUUUAUCACCAACAUUUUUAAAAUCAAUAUUCAUAUCUGUUACGGUGUGUAAAAUUGUGAGGUUAAAGUCAAAGAAUCCAAAUACUGAGAGUGCCAAGCUGUUGUUUAAAAUCUGAGCUGAAAAUUCUGAAAGCUGAGGAACAUUUUAAAGAUGUCCUUUAAAUUUUUAAAAAUACCUCUUUUUCUGUAGAACCUGAUAAAUAAGAGCUAUUGCUCUUUUCCAGAAUUGGUCCACUUUUACCUGCCUAUUGAAUCCAUCUCUUAUGAUUAUCAUUUCUGAAUUUUAAAAAUCAAAUUUUACUUCUCUGAUUGUGCUGUCACAAAUCCAAGUGGUCAGAAUAAGGCGCAGUGUGAGCAAAACUAGCCAAAACGUGGCGCUCACAAAGAGAAGGGCCUGCCAGGCUCCUUCGGCACUCUCGGGACUGAGAGCACUUCCUGCUAGAAAGUAAAGCAGGCAAAUUUCUGCCAAGGAAGAGUAGAUGACCUGCAUCAAAAUUACACCUAAUAAAAAUUAAUCUCUGCAAUUAGACCCGCGUUCUUAAAUACUUUGAAAAGUUUCCCCAAUCAAACGGAAUAGUUUUAAAAUCUGCAAGUGCGCCAGGCGAAGUUUUUUUAGUUCUACAUCCAGAUUAAAGUUUGCAGCUUUCAGUUUCUUAUUUUUCAAAGUUUUGAGUUGUCUGUUGAGCUCCUUGCAUUCCAUCCGACAGGCACCCAUGCACAAAAUAAACUGCUGCUCCAAAAUUGCCCCGGAGAGCAAACUGAAUGUGUGACCUAUCCCGCCAAUGAUAUUCAGCACUUGGCUUGCGUGUCGCAUUCCAGAAAAAGUGUCAAAAAGCGCCAGAGGCACCACUAAAAUUGCCAUUACGCUCUGUCCAAAUGACAGCAUCGACAAAUUCUGUUCAAAAGUUUUUAUUAUAAAUAUUUUCAUCAAUAAAUAUAGGCGAGUUUAUAAACCUUCAUCUCGAAGUUGAAAUUUGAGGAAAUUUGCUGUACUCUAAUUGAGGUUUUUUCGACGCAACCCACAUUUCUCCAAACAAAAUUAAUGUGAAUUGAUGUCAUGAUCAAAGUAAGGAAAUCGUAAAGAGGUGGUAGAAGGUCUCGAGCACUUCCAUGGUCGAGAGCUUCAUCUGCGAAAAUUGUAUGGCUCGAAUUGACUGAAACGAGAAUUGAAUAAUUUAAGUACCCUGAAUUCUCCAAAUUAAACUAAACAAAUUAGUAAUCAGUGCUACACUCUGUGGAAUUAUGCGAUGAAAUUUCGUCUGGUCCGGGUGCAGUCCAAGGAAUUUAGAAAGCUUCCAUAAAUGUGUUGACUUGAUAAACAUCUCGAAAGAGACUCUGUCCAGCAACUGAUUUGAAUAAGCUCACACAGAAAAUUGAUUCAUUUGGUGCUACUGUUAAUAUUUCCUUUAGCAAAAUUAUUACAUUUUGUUGAGCAUUUGGUGUUAUGGCAACAAUUUAGUGAAUUCUAUAGAAUAUAAUGAAGAAUAAAUUUAUUUAAUAUGUUACAUUAUUAUGCAUAUUAUCUGAUG